AUGGAUCUCAAGAACUUCCAGUUCACCUUUGACUGCUCCGAUUUUAUCGAGCCCGAUGUAUGUGCCUCUCCCGCGUCCCCAGAUCCAGACGACACGAUAUCCUUGUCCGAGAGCGUGCUGGACUUUCCCCGAGAGUUUGGCCGCACGUAUCACGCCUACCGAGCAGGAUCAUACGCCUUUCCCAACGAUAUCCCCGAGCAGGAGCGUCUGGCCUUCCAGGGGCCUAUCAUUAAAAGGCUCUUUGGAGACAGACUCUACUUUGCCCCCCUCUCGCAAUCGAAUCCUCCGCGGUUCAUCCUCGACGUGGCCACCGGCGUCGGCGACUGGGCCAUUGAGAUGGGGGACAUGUUUCCGACGUCCGAGGUCAUCGGCACGGACCUUUCCCCUAUCCAGCCCGCCAUGGUGCCUCCAAACGUGAAGUUCUACGUCGAUGACUCGUCGGAUGAAUGGAACUUCACGGACAAGUUCGGCUACAUACACACCCGCCUGACGGCCGGCUGCUGGAGCAACUUUGAGACAGAAGUGGCCAAGCAGGCCUUUGAAGCCCUGGAACCCGGCGGCUGGUUCGAGUCGCAGGAGGUCGAGGGUGUCUUCAGUUGCGACGACGGCACGCUGGACCCAGCCGGCCCGAUGUGCACGUGGCUCAACGAGAUGCGCGACGCCGCCGAGAUCAUGGAGCGCCCUGCCGUGCUGGGGUCGAUACUCAAGGAGGUCUUUGAGCGCGUCGGCUUCGUCGACGUGCAGGAUCGCAUCUUCAAGAUCCCGACCAACGAGUGGCCGCGAGACGAGCGCCUCAAGGAGAUUGGGAGGCUGUGGGGGGAGAACUUUUCGCAAGGGCUGAAUGGCUUUUCGAUUCAGCUUAUGAAUCGGGUCUUUGGACGGAGUCCGGCGGAGAUUGAGCUCCAAUUGGUGAAAAUAAGGGAGGAGCUGUCUAAUCCGCAGAUUCACGCUUAUAUGCCUGUUUUUGUCGUAUGGGGGAGGAAGCCGUAUGUCGGGGAGCAGGUAAAUACCCCUAUGACGGAGUAG